AUGGCCGCACCCGCGGCUGACAGGGGCUGGCUGCAUGACGCCGACCUGGCUGCCCAAAAAUCCAAUGAGGCCGUCGCGGUCGCGGCCGAGAAAUGCGCCGACGACACCAAGGGCCAGACGUGCUACAUCUGCACGGAGGCCCUCCACUGGAAAACGAAGGAAGGCCUCGUGCGUAUGUGCUCGUGCCGCGGGACGGCGGGUUUCGUGCACGUGUCGUGUCUGGCGGAGCAGGCGAAGAUUUUGGUCGCGGAGGCCGAGGAGAACAAUUUGGACUGGAAGGUGAGGGAUGCGAGGUGGAAGCGGUGGUACUCGUGCAGCCUGUGCGAGCAACGGUACCAAGGCGUCGUCCAGUGCGCGCUCGGCUGGGCGUGCUGGAAGACGUACGUGGGGCGGCCGGAGGGGAACGUGGCUCGGAGCUUGGCGAUGACGUCGCUAGGGAACGGUUUGUCCGCCGCAGAACACCACGAGGACGCGUUGACUGUGCGAGAGGCCGAGUUGGCUAUGAAGCGGCGCCUUGGCGCGUCAGAAGCAAGCAUUCUCGUUGUGCAGGGCAAUCUUGGGAACUUGUAUGAUAAGCUCGGACGGUUAGAACAGGCCUUGCAGAUGCGACAGGAUGCAUACUCCGGACAUUUGAAGUUCUACGGCGAAGAACAUGAAGAUACCGUCCGAACGGCCAACAACUACGCGGCGUCCCUUUAUAAUCUACAGAGCUUCGAAGAAGCCAAGUUGCUGCUGCGCAGAACGGUGCCCGUGGCGCGGCGCGUCUUCGGAGAUGAUCAUCGUCUUACACUCUCGCUGGGGUGGAUGUACGCGAUGGCGCUCUACCUAGACGAAGGCGCCACGCUCGACGAUACCAUCGAGUCAGUGAAUACGCUCGAGGAGUUGGAACGGACCGCGCGACGCGUGCUCGGCGGCGCGCAUCCGCUCACAACGGCGAUGGAGGAUAACCUGCGACAAGCGCGAGCCGCGCUCCGCGAAGAAGUCCGCGAAGAAGCGCGAACGCGCGGCGCCGCCAUCAUCUACGCCGCCGCCGCGCUCGCCGUCGCGGCCGUGCUAGUGUUACGUAAAAAACUCACUUAGA